UCCUAAUGCAUUUCCAACAGCCCCUUUAGUAUUCAGUUUUCCUGAACAUCCACCAGUGAGUCAGCCAACCGAACAUGGAAGUUGGCCUCCAUCUGUUCCCAGAGGUCACACAUUGGAGCCAGUUUCACACGCCCCAGUUGCACAACCCCCUACAAAUUUGCCAAAAAAUUCGUCUGUUAGUCAACCAACUCAUGGAAAUUCCCUCCCUGAUCUUCACAAUGGAACUGCAAAUAAUGGUCACACUCACACCCCAGCACAAAAAAUGUCACCAUCAGUUGCACCAUCAAGUCCAUUUCCAGUAGAUCCACCAUUAGUCCACCCAGUCAUACCAGCAGCUUCUCCAUCCAAAUCACCAGCACCUAUUGUCUCUCCUGCAUUGACUCCUUCCAGAAGCUUUAGUUGGAAAAAAGGUGGAGAACCAGUUUCUGCACCAGUGUACAAAACACCAAAGCCACUACCGGCUAUAGUACAUUCCCCUACUCAAGCACCGGUUGUCUCUCCAGCAUUAACACCUUCUAGAAGCUUCAAUUGGAAAAGAGGUGGAGAACCAGUUUCUGCUCCUCCAUACAAAACACCAAAGCCGCUACCCGCUAUAGUACAUUCUCCUACUCAAGCAAGGCAAUUUCACUAUGCUCCUGAACCAUCUCCUAACAAAGAUUACCCUCCUGCAUCUUCACCUUCAACCACAUUCUAUAAGCAUCACCACACAAGGAACACAAUCAGAAGCCCUGCUCCUGCAUCAUCAUAUUCAGUUUCUCCUUCCACUUUAAAACACCAAGAUGAACCAAUUCCUCCCUCACGGUUGCCAGCAAGUAGGCAAAGACAACAUGCUCCAUCACCAUUGAACACAGAAGGUUCAACAGUUUCCCCGUUUCAGUCACCAGUAAGCCAGAUUUCACCAGCUCCUUCUCCAUCCUUCAAAAUACUCCCUCAUUCAACCAAAAUUCCAAUUCAUCCUCCCGAGGUAUCUCCUUUUCGGCCUUCUUCCAAGAGCCCUAAGAAGCCGAUCCUACCUCGUAAUCAAGCACUACCACCGCCACCUCCCAAUGAAGAUUGUAUAUCACUGGUUUGCUCAGAUCCUUAUACAAGUACUCCACCUGGUGCACCUUGCAAAUGUGUGUGGCCCAUGAAAGUCGGUCUUCGCCUUAGUGUUUCUUUGUAUACUUUCUUCCCUUUGGUUUCGGAGUUUGCUUCUGAAAUUGCCAUUGGGGUUUUCAUGAAGCAAAGUCAAGUUCGCAUUAUGGGAGCUGAUGCAGCAAACAUGCAACCUGAUAAAACUAUUGUAUUCAUUGAUUUGGUACCACUUGGGGAAAAUUUUGAUAACACUACAGCCUUUUUAACUUCUGAGAGAUUUUGGCAUAAACAGGUUGCUAUAAAGACUUCUUACUUUGGUGAUUAUGACGUAUUAUAUGUGAGCUAUCCAGGUUUGCCUCCAUCUCCUCCUUUACCUCCUUCAAGCAUUACAAUUGUUGAUGGCGGUCCAUAUUCUGGCGGUGGCAAUAACAGUAGGACCAUAAAGCCCCUUGGGGUUGACAUAUCAAAGAGGCAGCAUAAAGGUGGAAUUAGAAAGGGCAUGAUUGCUGUUAUUUCUCUCUCAGUUUUUCUAGUAGUUGUUUUAUGCUUUGCUGCUGCUUGGUCCUUGUUCAAGUUCAGAGAUCAUUCAAGUAAACUGGCAUCAACCCCACAUGUUCUGUCUCCUCCACUUACCAAAGCUCCAGGUGCUGCUGGAUCAGCAGUUGGAGGCAGGCUUGCUUCAGCUUCAACAUCAUUCCGGUCUAGCAUUGCUGCUUAUGCAGGAUCUGCUAAGACUUUCAGCAUGAAUGACAUUGAGAAAGCCACAGAUAAUUUCCAUGACUCCAGAGUACUUGGAGAAGGUGGCUUUGGGCGUGUUUAUAGUGGUGUACUUGAAGAUGGGACAAAAGUGGCAGUCAAGGUUCUGAAAAGAGAGGAUCAUCAUGGUGACCGUGAAUUCCUAUCUGAAGUAGAGAUGCUUAGCCGGCUUCACCAUAGAAACUUAGUUAAAUUGAUUGGUAUUUGCGCAGAGGUCAGCUUCCGGUGCCUGGUUUAUGAACUCAUUCCAAAUGGCAGUGUGGAAUCCCAUUUACAUGGGAUGGACAAGGAAAAUAGCCCCCUUGAUUGGAGUGCUCGGAUAAAGAUAGCACUUGGCUCUGCUCGUGGACUGGCUUAUCUGCAUGAAGAUUCAAGUCCUCAUGUCAUACAUAGGGACUUCAAGUCUAGUAAUAUCUUGCUGGAAGAUGAUUUUACUCCAAAAGUAUCUGAUUUUGGAUUAGCCCGAACAGCAGCUGAUGAGGAGAACAGACACAUAUCAACACGUGUAAUGGGAACUUUUGGUUAUGUGGCUCCGGAGUAUGCAAUGACCGGCCACCUUCUUGUGAAGAGUGAUGUUUACAGCUACGGUGUUGUCCUCCUUGAGCUCUUGACAGGAAGAAAACCAGUAGACAUGUCACGACCGCCCGGUCAAGAGAAUCUCGUUGCAUGGGCUCGUCCAUUGCUCUCAAGCGAAGAAGGAGUGGAAGCAAUAACAGAUCCAUCUCUGGGACCUGAUGUGCCUUCUGAUAGUGUGGCUAAAGUUGCAGCCAUUGCUUCUAUGUGUGUACAACCAGAGGUUUCAGACCGUCCUUUUAUGGGUGAGGUUGUUCAGGCUUUAAAACUAGUGUGCAAUGAAUGUGACGAGGCAAGAGAAACAGGCUCAAGUUCUACCUCUGUUGAUUUCAGUCAUUCUAGACAAGUAUCAGAUAAUUUUCAAGGCCAAUCCUCAGCCACCAAUUAUGAUUCUGGAGUUGAUAUUGAAAAUGGGCUGUUGGCAUCAGAGUUAUUCAGCUCAUCAUCCGCAAGAUAUGGAAAGCGAGUGUCAGGAUCAUUUAGAAGGCAUUCUUAUUCAGGUCCUCUUAGUACUGGAAGAAGCAAACGGUUAUGGCAGAUAAUUAGAAAGCUUUCUGGUGGUAGUGUCAGUGAACAUGGAACUAUGUUCAAGUUAUGACCAGGGUUCAAUUGAGCCAAAUUGCAAUUUUUGAACUUGCUAUGUGCAUACUACUUCUCUUAUCUCCUUCACUUUGUUAAUGUGCAGUUCUGAACUCUGCUAGAGGCAUUGCUCUUCUCUGCCUAAGCCCUUUGAAGUUUGACAAGAGAAUACAAUCAACUUGUAAAGUGGUGUUGACAUGUUUCUCUGCUAACCUGCAAAACCAUGUGUACGUAACUAUACUAACUCUUUGAAGAGAGCAAGCAAUGCCAAUCUAGCUUGAAAAUAGAAGAUGACUGAAGAUGGCCUUUACUAAGACCCAAUGGCAAUGCAAUGCAACAUACAAAGUGUAGUCUUUGCAGUUGCAGCAUCAGGAGUAUAAUGUUGAAUGUAUUUAGAGGAGGAGAUCAAUGAAAUAUAGUUCAUGUAUUCCGAAGAUAUGAUUCUAGAAAUUCGGUUCCAGAAAUUUGAUUCUGAAAAUAUAAUUCUGAAUAGCUUAUUCUGGAACUUUUCCGAAAAAUAUAUUCGGGAAGUCAUUUUCUUGAGAUGGUAA